CAGAUUGAAACCUGACAAUGUUCGGAUCAUCUGAGAGUCAAAAAAUUUUCCUGCCAUAUAAAAAAGUGAUUUGCAGGCGUCCGCCAUUACAUCCACUGGUAUAGGUCGCCUAAAUAAUACACAUAUAUACACGAUCUAUUGGCAUGACCGCUGAUUCUCUACACAUUGAUGAACGUGCGGCAGGAAUUGAAAACGAACAAUACCCAAAUUAUGAAAAGAACAACAGUCCUUGGAGAAAUUCCAAUGCCACCGUCAGCGUAAAUGGCUCAACAGAGGUGGGCGAUGAAUCUGUAAAGUCUCUACCAGAUGUAGAUGAUUUGCCAGAUGGCGGAUAUGGCUGGUUCGUCGUGCUCGGUGCCUUCAUGGUUUUAGUUACCACUUUUGGUGUAUCUAUUAGUUGGGGUGUGAUGCAGGAUUAUUACCAGCAGAACCUUUUCUAUGAUGAUCCAAAUGCUGCUCUCAACCUUAGUUUUGUUGGAACCAUCAUUCUCGUCUUUUUCAAUUUAAUGAGCCCUGUGGGUCAGAUUCUCGCUUCGAUCUUCGACAGCAGAAUUGUGAUGCUGCUUGGCACAUUUUGCAUCACUCUUUCAUUGGAAAUGGCCGGUUUUAGCUCACAAGUUUGGCAUUUGUACUUGAGCCAAGGUGUGCUCUUUGGUUUCGGAGCAUCUAUGCUAUACGUUACGAUCAUGGGCAUUGCUCCUCAAUGGUUCAACCGUCGAAGAGGUUUAGCUCUCGGUAUUAUUGUUUCAGGUUCAGGUGUCGGUGGUCUCAUUAUGCCAUUCAUCAUGCAACCAAUCAAUGCGAAGCUUGGUGCGCCAUGGACUUACCGUGUGAUCGGUUUUGUUUGCCUACUGUGUGAUGUCGUCGCCUGUAUUCUGGUGAAAGAUAAAUACCCUCGAAUCAAAGGUCGCAAGCGACUGCAAGACAUUAUUCAAUUGAAGGUGCUCAAAAAUGUGGACUUCAUCAUUUGGGUGAUCUCAGCUGAUCUAUGCGUUUUGGGAUAUUAUGUUCCCUACUUUUUCCUGCCAUCUUAUGCCACUCAUAUUGGUCUGUCCGAUUCUCAAGGAUCCUCACUGGUGGCUAUCAGUUCAGCUUGCAACUUCCUUGGUCGUGUCUUUGCUGGCUAUUUAGCUGACCGUAUCGGCAAACUCAAUACCCAUACCAUAUUUACCUUUAUUGGUGGACUAAGCUCCUUGCUGAUUUGGACUUUUGCCUAUUCAUAUGGUACUCUUGUCGCUUUCUCUGUUAUUCUUGGGUUCUUUGCUGGUACCUAUUUCUCCCUUUUAUCACCCGUCACGUUAUCCAUCUUAGGAAUGGAGAUGUUUCCCUCUGGUCUUUCUCUCUUACUGGUGUUUAAUGUUGCUUCCGUGUUUGGUCCAUCCAUUGCCUCAGCCAUUGAAGGCGCAGUGGAUUCAGAACCAUUCCUCAGUUACAAAUUAUUCACCGGUAUCUCCUUCAUUUUAGGUGGCGUAGUCCUCAUCAUCCUUAAACUGCGCCUUAAUAAGAAUAUCUUUGCCAAGAUCUAAUUCCUUCUUCAUUGUACAUACUACACCUAAUUGACUCAUCUGCAAAUAAAAACAAUUCUUCCUUUUCAC